AUGGAAGAUCCGGAUGAUGAGUGGGAAUAUACACCACCAGAAAGUGAAGGUAAAGUGAAUUGGAUCUUAAACAGAGGUCUGGGGCUGGGAAAGAAGGUUGUGAUCACAGCUAUUGUGAUCUCAUCUGCACCCGUGGUUCUUCCUCCACUUUUGAUGAUAUCUACUCUCGGGUUUGCAUUUUCGGUUCCAUUUGGAGUUGUCUUUGCGACUUAUGCUUGCACUGAGAAGCUCAUGAGCAAGUUGCUUCCGUCGCCAGCAUCUUCUCUUAUGUUGGAGUAUGAGACUGUAUAUGCUGACGAAGAGGGUGAUGAAGAAGAAUAUGGAGAAGAAGAGGGUGAUGAGGAAGAAUAUGGAGAAGAGGAGGAUUUAAGUUUUGAAGGAGUUGUGACGGACACAGUGUCUACUGAUGAAGAGGAAGAAGAAGCAAAAGAAGAAGAAGAAAAAGAGAAAGGAGAAAAAGAGGAUGUGGGUUCUGAAGGAGUUGUAAUGGACAGAGUGUAUACCGAUGAAAAGGAAGAAGAAGAAGAGGAAGAGGAAGGAGAAAAAGAGGAUGUGCGUUUUGGAGAAAAUGUAACAGAAGAUGAAGAAACAGAAAAGACAGAGGAUGCAAAGAAAAGGUUAGAGAUGAGGGUUGAAUUGGAAGAUGAUGGAAGCAAAGAAAUUCCAGGAGGAGAUAUUCUGCAGGAGGAAGAUGAUCCUGCAACGAAAGCUGUGGAACAUUGCAUGGAAGAACCAAUGGAGGAAGUGGAUUAUAAUGUGAAGGAAGAGGGGCAUGAGGAAGAUGUCGGCGAGUACUUAGACGAUAAAGAGCCCAUGAAAGGGGUUCAUACAGAAAUGGGAGUAAGAAAAGAGGGAAAGCAGGAAUCAGUGGUAGACCAAAGCAAUGUUGAGGAAUUCUCUGUUGAAGUGCGGCGAGUUGUGGUUGUAGCUGAGGGAGAUGAGAGCAAUGAAAGUGUGAAGCCGGUAGUUGUGACCGAUUCGGACAGGGGAGGGAAAGCCUAUCGAUGGUGA